UUCAUUUGUUUUGUUGUAGUUAAAAUACAAUUAGCUGCUUUGAAGAAUUGUAUCAUUCUUAGGUGUUGACGUGUGUAAUGAUGCCUGCCAAGCAAGUUGGCUGGUUCUUAUUAUAGUACUGGGAUCACUCUGACUGUGCAUCUAUAUGUUUGGAACGUACGACAAUUGGAUGCUAAUUUCUUGGAGAAAACAAGAUCAUGAGUAGCAGCACAGAGCCACUGUUGAAGAAGAAUUACUAUGAGAAUUGCCCAGGUUGUAAAGUUGAUCAAAUCAAAGAGUUGAGAACAGGAUUGCCCAUUAAAGAAUUUGUUUCUAUAUGGAUUGUUGUGCUCUGUACUGCACUUCCAAUAUCAUCUCUCUUUCCAUUUCUUUACUUCAUGAUUAGGGAUUUUCAUAUUGUAGAAAGAGAGGAAGAUAUUGGAUAUUACGCUGGAUAUGUUGGGUCCGCAUUUAUGCUUGGUAGGGCCUUGACAUCUGUUUUCUGGGGAGUAGUCUCCGAUCGCUAUGGACGAAAACCUGUCAUAAUCAUAGGGACCAUUACAGUGGUUAUUUUCAACACUCUGUUCGGCCUUAGUGUAAACUUUUGGAUGGCUGUUACUACAAGGUUUCUUCUGGGGAGCUUGAAUGGUUUGCUUGGACCUAUCAAGGCAUAUGCUUGUGAGGUGUUCCGAGAAGAACACCAAGCCUUAGGAUUAUCAACAAUAAGCACAUCAUGGGGUAUAGGACUGAUCAUUGGCCCAGCCCUAGGAGGUUUCCUUGCUCAGCCCGCAGAGAAAUAUCCCAAUGUUUUUUCCCAGGAAUCUUUGUUCGGGAGAUUUCCAUACUUCCUACCAUGCUUGUGUACAUCAGUUUUUGCUUUUGGAGUCAGUAUUGCUUCUUUCUGGCUUCCGGAGACACUGCAUAUGCACAAUGAAAACAAUGCCUCAGGCAAGGACUCCCUUGAUGCCAUGGAAGCUACAUCUAAUGGCAAUAAAGGGGAAGACAAUGAAGAAAGCAAACCAACUUCUGGAGAAAGUCUUCUGAUGAAUUGGCCUUUGAUGUCAUCCAUCAUUGUUUAUUGUAUUUUCUCACUUCAUGAUAUGGCUUACACAGAGAUUUUUUCAUUAUGGGCUGUCAGUCCUAGGAGGUUUGGGGGCCUGAGCUAUUCAACUCAGGAUGUUGGAGAAGUUCUUGCUAUUUCAGGUUUCAGCCUUCUUGUCUUUCAACUUUCUCUAUAUCCAUACAUGGAGAGGAUUUUUGGACCUAUAACACUGUUCCGCAUUGCAGGGGUUUUAUCCAUACCAUUGUUAGCAAGUUACCCUUUUAUUGCCAUGUUAUCAGGAUUCAGCCUUACCCUUAUGUUAAACUGUGCAUCUAUAUUGAAGAAUGUUCUAUCAGUAAGUGCUCCUGUAACUUGGAGCUCUCUUUCUGUGUCAAUAAUCACGGGCUUGUUCCUUCUACAGAAUAGAGCAGUGGAUCAACACCAAAGAGGAGCUGCUAAUGGCAUUGCUAUGACUGCAAUGUCUCUUUUUAAAGCAGCUGGUCCUGCUGGAGGUGGCGCCUUAUUUUCUUGGGCGCAAAAGCGUCGAAAUGCUACUUUUCUUCCAAGUGACCAUUUGGUGUUCUUCAUCCUGAAUGUGGUUGAGGCAAUUGGAGUGCUAAUGACAUUCAAACCUUUCCUGGCUCAGCGGUAGAGGAGUAACCAGAAAUUAAUGAAUGGGAUGAUACGAAUCAAAAGAUUUUGUACAAACAUUAAUUCAAUAUAAUUAGUGUUUUUUUGUUGUUGUCUCCAUUAUUUGACAUUUCUUAUGCUAUAAGAUGGUGAGUACCAUGAAAUUACUAAUCAAUACUAAGAAAUGUUGAUUUCAUGCAA